GGGAAAUCUCACGAAGGCCUGUAGGCGGGGCCCGAAGCGCGCUUCCGGUUUCCGGCUGCGGGCUAAGGGGCGGGCCUGAGCGUUGGUGAGAGUUUAGUAAUUGCGGUUUGGCGUGCGAGUUGUCUGAAACUCGUUAAACAGGUCUAAGGAGUUCCUUGGACUCUCCCAGGGAAAGGAAUCAUCAACAAAGGAAACAAGCUCCCAUCUCUCUGCUGGAAAACUUUGGUCACAGGAUGAGUCUACAGUGGACUGCUGUUGCCACCUUCCUCUACGCAGAGGUCUUUGCUGUGUUGCUUCUCUGCAUUCCCUUCAUUUCCCCCAAAAGAUGGCAGAAGAUUUUCAAAUCACGGCUGGUUGAAUUGGUAGUGACCUAUGGCAACACCUUCUUUGUAGUUCUCAUCAUCAUCCUUGUGCUGUUGGUUAUUGAUGCUGCACGUGAGAUCCGAAAAUAUGAUGAUGUGACAGAAAAGGUGAACCUCCAGAACAAUCCAGGUGCCAUGGAGCACUUCCACAUGAAGCUUUUCCGUGCUCAGAGGAAUCUCUACAUUGCUGGCUUUUCCUUGCUGCUGUCCUUCCUGCUUAGACGCCUGGUAACUCUCAUCUCCCAGCAGGCCACACUGCUGGCCUCCAAUGAAGCCUUUAAAAAGCAGGCAGAAAGUGCCAGCGAGGCGGCCAAGAAAUACAUGGAGGAGAAUGACCAGCUAAAGAAGGAAGCUGCUGAGGACGGGGCAAAGUUGGAUGUUGGGAAUACUGAGGUGAAGUUAGAGGAGAACAAGACCCUGAAGAAUGAUCUGAAGAAGCUAAAAGAUGAGCUGGCCAACACCAAGAAAAAACUAGAGAAAGCUGAAAACGAGGCUCUGGCCAUGCAGAAGCAGUCUGAGGGCCUUACCAAGGAAUAUGACCGUCUGUUGGAAGAGCAUGCCAAGCUGCAGGCCUCAGUACAUGGUCCCUCGGAUAAGAAGGAGGAGUAAAGGCUUGUUUCUUCCCUGCCUGCAGCUGGCUUCCACCUGACCCAUGCUCACUGCUUCCCAAGAUAGCCUCUCCUCCCUCUGGUACUUUGGGUUUAUUCCCUUCUGCUUCCCCAGUUUUCUUCCAUAGUUUGUAAAUCAUGAUUUUGACCCCUAUACACAUACUGCCAUCAUACCAAAAGGGACCUGAUUGUUGCUCAUUCAGAGUAAUUUUGCCACAAUUCUGCUUGGCCAGGGCACUUUUCACUCCUAGAAGUGUAGAAGGGCGCUUGUGACCUGGCAUGCAGUUAAGGCCCAUUUAUUUUGCUGUGUGUCCUAAAGGAGGCUGUAAGGCAGGCCUCAACUCUUUUAUCCUGGGGGCAAUAAAGGUUGUUAUGUUACAAA